AUGGAGGAAUGUCACAAGAAGAUUCUUCAGCGGUACAGAAUAAAUAUUGUCACGAGUUUGGAUCCAUCGAGCCUCUACGACCGUCUUCUUGAUAAAGACAUUUUCACUUCAGACAUGAUCGAGAAAAUCAAGAACUCUGGAACGAGACGGGACCAAGCCAGGCAGCUGGCACGGGAUCUCGAGACCCGUGGUAGUCGGGCCUUCCCUCUCUUUUUGGAAUGUCUUCAGGAUUCAGAGCAGCACAGUUUGGCAAAGCUCCUCCAAAGUGGAGCACUUGACGUUCAAGGCUUAAAGUCCAACAGUCUCAUUCAACCUGUUGUCAGGACUUCUCCACUUCCCUCCGUAGUGGAUUUCCAGCAGCAAAGAAAGGCUCCACCUAUCUGUCCAACAGAGAUUCCAAAACCAUCAUCUAAUUUGCAGAACGUUCAGGUUCAGGUGCAGGCCAGAACCCGUAUGCAAGGCAGGAAGCGUCGGGACAGCCUUCAAAGCUACAAAAUGGAUGCCAUCCCGUGCGGACAUUGCCUCAUUAUCAAUAAUGUGGAUUUUGAGCCACAAAGCCAGCUGAGUCAGCGCAAGGGGUCCAACGUGGACUGCGACAGGUUGGAGAGACGAUUCAAAGCGCUAAACUUUCUCGUGGAAGUGAGGACAAACCUCAAACAACGACGGAUCAAACACGAACUGUCAGAGUUAUCCAAAAAAGACCAUUCUCCCUAUGAUUGCUGCGUAGUCAUCAUUCUUUCACAUGGGACGGAGGUGAGUCACAACCGCUUCCCCGGUGCGGUUUAUGGAGUAGAUGGCCAAUACGUUCCAGUGCAGCACAUCACCAACUACCUCAAUGGGAAACAUUGUCCCUCCCUGCAAGGGAAACCCAAACUUUUCUUCAUCCAGGCCUGUGGAGGAGGCGAAAGAGACCUAGGCUUCGAGGUGCCGUCUGACGAAACGGAAGAGUCCGGCGGCGGAGCGGACGACCAGACGGACGCCAUCCCCGCAUCCUCCAGCAGCGACUCUCUGAGCACGUCUGAUGAACCCGACGCCGGCGCUACACUGCCCACUCCGAGUGACAUUCUCGUGUCUUACUCCACUUUUCCCGGGUACGUGUCUUGGAGGGACACAGAGUCGGGCUCCUGGUACAUUGAGACGCUGGACCGCAUCCUUGAGGAAAGUGCUGCCACGGAUGAUUUGGUCACAAUGUUAAUGAUGGUCAACCAUGAAGUCUCCCAGAAUUCUGCAAAAGGCAUCUACAAGCAAAUGCCAGGUUCUUUUAACUUCCUCCGCAAGCUUCUUUACUUUCAGUCGACUUAA